AUGUCAUUCCGCAAGCGGAAUAUCGGCUUGUCAGCUGGCGUUGACCGCGCUGCUAUCCCCAAUGCCUCCGCACAGCCAACUCCGCCCGAGUCUGUUCCAGGCAUUCGCCCCUCACCCGAUGACGGACGGCCAACUACCUCUACAGGAACACCUUCGCUAGAUGGGCUUCUUGCUGGACACGCAGGUCUUCCUAUGGGGAAGGUCCUAUUGAUCGAGGAAAACGGAACUACGGAUUUUGCGGGUGCAUUGUUGCGAUACUACGCAGCUGAGGGCGUUGUCCAAGAACAAAAGAUCCAUGUGGUUGGCGUGCCAGAGCAAUGGGGGCGAAGCUUGCCCGGUCUGAUCGGGACAGCAGAGUCUUUAGAGAAGAGGUCAGACAAGCGCAAGGACGAGCGUAUGAAAAUUGCUUGGCGAUAUGAGCGACUGGGCGAAUUUGGCGCUGGCAUUGCCGGCUCCCGUGAUGCCCCUACACCAACCGGAGACACCGAUGCAGCUUCGAAGCAAGCGGCUUUCUGUCACGCAUUUGAUCUCACAAAACGUCUCGCCCACCCCUCCAUUACCAAUAUGUCUUUCAUUCCACUCGUGCCCUCGAGGGGCUCACCCUUCGUUGCCAUUCUCAAACGACUACAAGACGCCGUUACAUCUGCUGGUCCAAACACCAUCCAUCGCAUCGUCAUCCCCUCUUUGCUCAACCCCACAAUGUAUCCGCCCGACGCUUGUCAACCGGAGUAUGUGCUGCAGUUCCUGCACUCCCUGAAAGCUUUGAUGAGUGCGCACGCAACCCGCAUCACAGCAAUGAUCACUCUUCCUUUAUCACUGUUCCCCCGCUCAUCCGGCCUCAUCCGGUGGAUCGAGCUUCUCAGCGAUGGUGUUAUUGAGCUUUGUCCCUUCCCCCACUCUGCUGAUGCACUGGCGACUUCGGGAGCUGCCACAUCUCAGGAGGAGCCUCCACAGGGCAUGUUGAAGACACACCGUAUUCCUGUUUUGCAUGAACGUGGUGGUGGGAGUGACCAGAAUGUGGGGCAAGAUUGGGCGUUUAAUUUGAGUCGUCGGCGAUUUGAGAUCAAGCCGUUCAGUUUGCCGCCGGCGGAAGGUGACAAGGAGGCACAAGAAGCGCCUGCAUCCAGCGGAAUGCCCAAGAAGGCAGACCUAGAAUUCUGA